AACCCUUAAACCUCUCCCUCUCUCUCUCUCUCUCUCUCUCUCUCUCUCUCUCAAAUCUUCCCUGCAAAACUCAAACUUUGAAACCCUAUACUAUCAGCUCCUGGGACGUCGUUUACACUGAUUUGCAUCCAAAAACCCAGCAAAAUGACACUUUUCUGCUAAAAGUGUGAGGCUUUCGGCUUCAAUUUGAGCAACCCAGCAAGAAAUGGCGCUAAAUUUGCCCACUUCCUGUCCCAUUUUCGCGCCACUAUUGAACCCGAGCCCGACCCACAACAACCCGAAUCAGCACCGCCCUCCAACGGAGGUCCGGUUCGCUCGGUGGAACAACGCCAACGCCGAGAAAUUCAACCAGCGCCGGAGGGCCCAGCAAGAAAUCGAGGACGACAUUCGCCGGGAGCGCAGAUUCGAGUCCGCCACCAGAAUUGCCACUCUUUCCGACUCUGCCACUGACACCACCGCCGCCGCGGCCAACGCCACCACAAGUAGUGAAACAUAUAAAUCCAUCGGCACGCCGUCGUAUCCCUCGAGCCCUUCAAUCCCAGGCAAGAAAUCCAAGUACUCUAAAAACCCUAACCCUACCGAUUCGCACCCCGCAUUCCGCCGAGUCAUACGACCCACGAAGCUCUCGAAAAUCCCGAGGGAGAAAAAACCGGCAGUCGACAGAAAAGCCGACAUUUCCAUCGGCGACGAUGGGCUUUCUUACGUCAUCGACGGAGCCCCGUUUGAAUUCAAGUACAGCUACACCGAGACCCCUAAAAUCAAGCCCAUUAAGCUCCGGGAACCGCCGUUCACGCCAUUCGGGCCCACCACGAUGGACCGGCCAUGGACGGGUCGGGCCCCAUUGCCGGCGAGCAAGAAGAAAUUGAAGGAAUUCGACUCGUUCCAGCUGCCUCCGCCGCACAAGAAGGGGGUUAAGCCGGUGCAAUCUCCGGGUCCGUAUUUGCCCGGAUCGGGUCCUAAGUAUGUGAAGUCCAGGGAGGAGAUUUUGGGAGAUCCCCUGACGGUUGAGGAAGUUAAGGAGUUAGUUAAAGGGUGCAUCAAAACCAAGAGGCAGUUGAAUAUGGGUAGAGAUGGUUUGACUCACAACAUGUUGGAUAACAUACAUGCUCACUGGAAGCGCCGGAGAGUGUGCAAGAUUAAAUGCAAAGGAGUUUGUACAGUCGACAUGGAGAAUGUGUGCGAGCAAUUAGAGGAAAGAACUGGAGGGAAGAUCAUUUACAGGAAAGGUGGAGUGAUAUACCUUUUCCGAGGCAGAAACUACAACUAUAAAACUCGUCCUAAGUUUCCUCUAAUGCUUUGGAGACCUAUCACUCCUGUAUAUCCUAGACUGAUUCAGCAGGCUCCUGAGGGUCUAACAGUAGAAGCAGCAUCUGAGAUGCGUAAGAAGGGACGGAAUCUGAUACCAAUAUGCAAGCUAGGGAAAAAUGGUGUAUACUCUGAAUUGGUAAAAAAUGUCAGAGAGGCCUUUGAAGAGUGUGAGCUAGUGCGAAUAAAUUGUCAGGGGAUGAACGCGAGUGACUACCGAAAAAUAGGUGGUAAACUAAAGGAUCUUGUCCCUUGUGUGUUAAUGUCAUUUGAACUUGAGCACAUUCUUUUGUGGAGAGGACGGGAAUGGAAGUCUUCUCUUCCAAAUCCAGAGAAUGAUCUCAAGGAAGUCAAAGAGUCUGAUGUAGAUUGUUCAACUUCAAUUGCAUCAACAUCGUGUGCUUCUGAAGUUGUGGGUGCAGAGGGAAGUGAGGAUCUCUCGCCAUCACAAUAUGUUGGGCCACGUGCCACAGUUGAUGGGGUUUCUACCGUUGGAGGAACCUCUGAAACUGAACCCAUUUCAGAUGUUGAAGGCUAUAUAAACAAUGAAUCAGAAGCUAAAAUGACUGCUGAUAACAGCUCAACCAUACCAGACAAUAUCCACUAUGCUGCUGAUAAGUCAAAAACUAUGCCCCAUACAUCUGAAAUGGAGCCCAUGUUGGCUAAUGCAGGCUGUGAUGAUGAAGCAUCACCAACCGCAGUAAUGGGCUCUGAGGCCAUCGCAAUGCCUAUUGGAAACUCUGAAACAAAGUUGGAGUCCAUCACGGCAGGUUCUGGAAGCAACGAGAAUCCAGAAGAUGGUUCAUUAGGCACAGAAAUUCUUAGUGAGCCAGCAAAGCUGAGUGCACCUUGUAUAGAGAAUGUGCUGUUACUCUUGAAUGAAGCUGUUGAUAGUGGGAGUGCACUUAUUUUAGACGAGUCAUCGCUGAAUGCCGACAUUAUUUAUCAACGGGCAGUUGCCUUCGCACAGUCUGCUCCCCCUGGCCCCGUGUUUAAGCAUCAACGACCCAAGAAGGUAGCAGUUCUAAAGAGAGUAAAGGUUGUGAAGCAAGAUGCCGGGGAUCCAGAAGUGAAAGAGAUAACAGUUUCUGCGGAGAGAGAAAGUGAGAAGAUUCAGAAGGGUAGUAAAGUUAAAAGAAUAAGAGAUUUUGGUGAAAAUCUAGUAGAUAACGUUGUGCCACAGGGAAGUUUGAGAGUUGAUGAACUUGCUAAGCUAUUAGCAUGAAGUUCCUGAGAUCUAUUUAUGAAUGUUAACACAGUUUUUGGUGAUACAAUAUGACACAUUAUCCUACAUGACUUCCUCUCCA